CUUUCCAGACAUUAUACAUUCAGUGGUUUAGACUCCUCUCCUCACUCACCUACUUAGUGUUUGAAGUCUUUUGUUCUACGGGUCCUCUUUUAUCCUAACUAGCAACACCCAUUUGUAAUAGGCUACUUUAUUUUUUAAACUCUAUUAAAAAAGUUAACCUAGCUUUUCUUUGCAUCCUCUGACUGUCUUCCACCGGUCACCGCAAACCACCACCGACCUCCGUUCGACUGUUAGUGGUGGUCGAUUUACAUGUAAUGUAAUGUAAGACGUUGGGGUCCUUUUGUUGUUUCAUGCUAAAUACAGAACCAUAAUCUCUUGUUUCUUCUUCAGCUUCCAUUUUGGUGCAACGAGCAAGGGCUUGUUGCUGUUGAAAUCCUAAGCAUGGCGCAUAGGUUGCUCAGAGAUCACGAAGCCGACGGUUGGGAACGCUCCGACUUCCCCAUCAUCUGCGAAUCCUGCCUCGGCGACAGCCCCUAUGUUCGAAUGACAAGAGCAGAGUAUGACAAGGAGUGCAAGAUUUGUACACGGCCAUUCACUGUUUUUAGAUGGAGACCUGGUCGAGAUGCAAGAUAUAAGAAAACUGAGAUCUGUCAGACAUGUAGUAAAUUGAAAAAUGUCUGUCAAGUGUGCCUUCUGGAUCUUGAAUAUGGACUACCGGUUCAAGUUCGAGACACAGCUCUCAGUAUUGAUUCCAAUGAUGCCAUUCCAAAGAGUGAUGUUAAUAGGGAGUAUUUUGCUGAAGAGCAUGACCGCAGGGCUAGAGCUGGUAUAGAUUAUGAAUCCUCUUAUGGUAAAGUACGCCCAAAUGAUACUAUCAUGAAGCUUCAAAGAACAACACCAUAUUACAAAAGAAACCGAGCGCAUAUUUGCAGUUUCUACAUAAGGGGUGAAUGUACCAGAGGAGCUGAGUGCCCUUAUAGACACGAGAUGCCAGAAACUGGAGAAUUGUCACAACAAAAUAUUAAAGAUCGUUAUUAUGGGGUGAAUGAUCCAGUGGCCCUGAAGCUACUUGGCAAGGCAGUGGAGAUGAACACUCUGGAGGCUCCUGAAGAUGAGAGCAUUAAAACUCUCUAUGUUGGUGGACUUGAUGCUAGGGUCACUGAGCAGGAUUUGCGGGAUCACUUCUAUGCGCAUGGAGAAAUUGAAUCAAUCAAAAUGGUUCUCCAGCGGGCUUGUGCUUUUGUAACAUAUACAACCAGAGAAGGUGCAGAAAAGGCAGCAGAAGAACUCUCCAACAAACUGGUUAUUAAGGGCCUAAGGCUAAAGCUGAUGUGGGGCAGGCCUCAGACAUCAAAACCGGAGUCAGAUGGCUCUGAUCAAGCAAAGCAGCAGGCUUCUGUGGCUCAUAGUGGAUUGUUGCCUCGGGCAGUGAUAUCACAGCAGCAGAACCAGGACCAAACACAAGGAAUGCUUUAUUAUAACAAUCCACCACCUCUUCAGCAGGAAAGAAGCUACUACCCGUCAAUGGAUCCUCAAAGAAUGGGUGCUCUUGUUGCAUCUGAAGAUGAUUCUCCUGGUGGGCCUUCUGUGUCAGGGGAGAACAAACCCAGUUUGGGGAAGCAGCAAAUGCAACAUUAUGCCCAUCCAAUGAUGCCUCCUCUAGCUGGCCAAUACCAUCAUCAGUAUUAUCCUCUGUAUGGUUAUAUGCCACCAGUUCCCCCUUAUCAACAGCACCCACCUCCAUACAAUGCUGCGGUGGCUCCAUCCCAGCCACCAGCUGUAAAUCAUCCUUAUCAGCAUUCUAUGCAGCCAGGGUCUUCACAGACAGGCUCUGGACAGGCUGCACAUGCCCCAGCUGAAUCUGGAACAUCAACAUCAGGAUCGCAGCAGCAAUAAACUUGCCCAUAUACUGAUGUUUCUAGCUAUGCUCUAUCUUUGAGUUUUUCCUUAAACUAACUAUGGUGACAGGGAAGAUAUUUUCACUCAAGUUGCCAAUUUACUAUCUCUACUAGCUCGAUAUUUGAUUGCCUUGUGGCUUGAACAAUUUAUUUUAUCAUUUGAUUUUGUGCUUUUGUAACUCUUGGCUUCCUGGUAAGAUCAUAGUCAUGCUCAGCUUCAGUAUUGCUUAUUGAAUUCUAAUGUUACUACAUGACAACUUUUGUUUUGGUUAUAAAGUAUUUGGUAAAGACGGCCAAUUGAUUUUAUACCGUCUAAUAAUUCGUGAAGAAUGUAGAUUGUUUUAGAACUCUA